AUGCCUAGGAGCGUGAUGUCGGAUUACUCGGGAAUGGUCUGCGAGAUCCCUCCCCAGUGCCAGUUCGGUAGCUUUGAAAAAAAGCAUCACCUGGAGAGCGGAAAGAAUCGCCCAAGGAGAAGAUGUUCGGCACUGGUAGGUAGCCUGGUUUUCAUCCUGGUUGUUGCCUCUCUUAUCCAUUGAUGCCCCAACUUUUCCUCCAAGGAAAACAACAACCCUUCGAGGUAGGUUAGGUUGAGACUAGGGUUCUUCCCAGGAUUCUUUGGGGGAAGCCAUGACUGUUUAAAGUGCCACGAUGCUGCUUUAAAGACUUAGUUCAUUUAUUUACUGGCUACGUGGCUUUUUUCAAAUACCUCACCUGCACAAACGUAACUCUGUGAGCAGAGCUGAGGAAGGCUGCUGUGGGCUGGAGACCAUUACAGUUGUGGUCACAGCACACUUGAAAAACACUGUAUUUUCUGGCGUAUAAGACUACUUUUUAACCCAGGAAAAUCUUCUCAAAAGUUGGGGGUCAUCUUAUACGCCGGCUACAGCAGCAGCUCCCCACCAAAGGAUAAAACGACAGCAAAUUAAAUCAGAGGACACCAGGCUCUCUAGAUGAGGCAGAAAUACGCUUGAAAAUUGGCCCCAGAAGCCGCCAACCACUGGGAAGUGGAGCGGAUUUCUGAGCCGGACUGGAGACUUGUUUUUUUAAUUUUUAUUUGGUGUGUGUUGGAAGAGAGGUAGUCUUAUACGGUGAGUAUAUCCCAAACUCUAUAUUUUAACUGGAAAAGUUGGGGGGUCGUCUUAUAUGCCCAGUCGUCUUAUAUGCCGGAAAAUACGGUAAAUGCCAUUGUUUCUCGAUACCACUUAAAUUUGAUUUGUGUUUUGUCAUUAUCACAUCGGGUUUGUUGUUCAAUAUGCCUCUUCUGCCUUUAACGAAACAUAGGCUUUAAAAAAUAAUUGACGGCACAGAUGCCCAGCCCUGUUCCAAAGAAAAUGUCUAGUGUGUAAACGCAAAAUCUUUUUUCAGCAGGGUUGAGACAUUCAGCUAAAUAAAUGCGGGGGCCAUGAGGCAGAUGCUGGGCAGCGCCUUCGAAAGACGCAAAUCCACAGGGAUUUGUGAGCCAGGAUUCCACAGCUGAACUUACCUCAGGGCAAGUUUCCACCCAGCUGCCUUGCCUUUUGUAAAAUACCUUUAAGAGCAGCUAUUAAAAGUCUGAAUGUGCAACUUAAAACCGCAAUUGAGUUGUACCUGGGACAAUUGUCGGCUGUUUCUGAGUGAUUUGUCUUAAACACCUGAUGCGUAAGGAAAAGCUGUCUUUGGCUGAGGUGAGGAAGGUUGCUCUUCCCGUUUUUUCUAAUCCUUUAAUUAGGCUGCAGCCCCAGAUUUUGUGUUUUGUUUUUUUGGUAAGCCAUGCUUUUUUUUUUUUGAGGUAGUGUUUAUGUGGGUGGGAACAACUUAAUUGUGCUGCAGUGAUGGAUGGUAGUGGUUUUAAAGUCUCACCUGGAAUUAAGAGAUUUCCGGUGGCAAAUUGUUUGAGCAGAAUUCUGUCUGAAAUGCAUGGGGCAAGUUGCCUUCUCUUGAAAUGAGACCUUACUUCUUAGUAGUGUGUAUUAUUAUUAUUAUUUUAAAAAUAGUUUAGAGCAUAAAUAAACUGCUCUCUAGCCAACAAGAGUGGCUUACAAAGAUUGGUUCUAAUAUGGUCCCAGCACUCAACUCACAAUGUAAAAAGAGUAUUUAUUUGUUUCCCUUUGAAGGGAACACAGGGUGGCGAACAUGUCAGUAAUAGAACAACGCAGUUGAACUGUCUUUUUAAAAACCUUCUAAAAACAAUCACUUGCUCUCACAGCUAAUAAUUUCAGGAUUGCCAGGAACUGUAUCCUUCAGCAAUGAAAUGCCUGGGUAAACAGAGAUAAUCUUAAAUUCCUCUUAAAUGUUAAAUACAUGACACAAGGAAAAAAUAUAGAAGGGAGGAGGGAAAAGUCAAGCUCAAGUUCUUAGAUGCUACAGUUCUCAACCUGCACUGCAGCAAAAUGGCAGAAUGUUUGCAUUUGCAGGAAAUGCCAUGCCAGUAUUGGAUUUUUGGAUCUCCCUUCGCAGAAUGUACCCUUAGAACUGCCUUGCUAAGGGCAAAAGAUGUGAAUCUUUUGGUUCAGGCUUUGCCCUAGUAAUGGACUUGUUUUCAAGCAUAAUGCCUUGGAAACAUCCUCUGGUGCCUGCAGAGUCUUUGAUCUCCCCCUCUUAGGGCUGGCCAAGGAUAAUUUGGCACCUGCAGUGAACCACAAAAAAGAAGGGGUGAGUGAAGAUCUGUCUUGGGAACAAGGCUGGGAGGAGACCAGGAGUGCCUCCUAUUUACCAAGAGGCUACUUCAAAUGUGAGGGACGCAGGUAGCGCUGUGGUCUAAACCACUGAGCCUCUUGCAAAUCAGAAGGUCGGCGGUUCGAAUCCCUACGACGGAGUGAGCUCCUGUUGCUCUGUCCCAGCUCCUGCCAACCUAGCAGUUCGAAAGCAUGCCGGUGCAAGUAGAUAAAUAGGUACCACUGUGGCGGGAAGGUAAACGGCGUUUCCGUGCGCUCUGGCUUCCGUCACAGUGUUCCAUUGCGCCAAAAGCGGUUUAGUCCUGCUGGCCACAUGACCCAGAAAGCUGUCUGUGGACAAACACCGGCUCCCUCGGCCUGAAACCGAGAUGAGCGCUGCAACCCCAUAGUCCCCUUUGACUGGACUUAACCAUCCAGGGGUCCUUUACCUUUUUACCUUUACUGUAGAUGUGGCAUUUGCUGGGGGACGGCCUGCCAAGAAGUGGGCAGAUCCUGCUUCCAAGGAGUGCACUGCAGUUGGCCACCCAAGGCAUCUCACCUUACCCCAUGGGUGGGGCUGGCACUGCCCCCUUCUGACACCCUCGCUGCGCUGCCCUUUCUGUCAUGCGGUGGUGAGGGUGGCUGUCUUAUUUUAGAUCGGUGCCUGAGCACCGAAACUCCCAACUCCAGUAAUUUGCAAAGGGCACCAGGUAGGGGAAGGGUUAGCUAGGUUACAAAUCCACUUGUUCCUUCCCAGUGGUGGGCCUGACACAGUCAGUGGUCAGGGAGAACACCAGACUCUUUAUUUCAGGGUCAUGGGUUCGAAUCCCAAACUGGGCAAAAAGAUUCCUACAUUGCAGGGGGGUUGGGCUAGAUGACCCUCGAGGUCCCUCCCAAAACGUUUCUGUGACUCUUUGUGCUACGACUGUCAACAAACAUCUGGAGGAGGGCUGCAUCCCUGCCUUCAGCCAAGGCCCCUUUUCAUAGAAUCAUGGAAUUGUAGAGAUGCCGGGGACCCCCAAGGGCCAUAUAGUCCAACCCCCUGCUUAUUUAUUUAUUUCUGUUCCAAGCAGACAUUUAUUAAUUUUUUUGUCCUAAAAAUUUGAGAUGGAUCUGCUAUGCAUGGGUUUCGGGCCUAAAGCAGUUUUGGAAAGCGAGUGGUGACUCAGAAGGAGGUUUCUUCAGAACCUGCUGGUGUUUGAGGACUUAAUGACAGCCAAGUUUGCUCUACAACUCCAGAUAACAGCAGGUCCUCCUGCUAAUAAUAGUCUCUCCACCCAACGUCUUCAGGAUAUAUUCCCAGGAGAGCAACCUUGGGGUUUUCCUUUGUUCUGUCUAAGUCAAGGAUAGAUAGAUAGAUAGAUAGAUAGAAAGAUAUUGUUAUCCAACCACAUGUUAUCCAACCACAUAAAUGACAGAGAGCUUGAGGUGUAGCCGCUUUCUGGGAAUGCCAUGUGCCUAAAAUCCUGGAGAACUCCUGGCAACCUGUAUAAACUUCUGGUUGCUCACGGUGAGAUUGGGCUGCUUUAAUGUGUAAUGUUGCCUUUUGUGUCCAGAGAAGGGUUGGACCAGGCAGUGUUAGAAACUCAGAUACUGUGCCAAUCGCCAAAUGUCACCUUGAACCUAGGUUAUGGUUGCCACAACCUAGCCACCAUACCCCACUAUGAAAUUCACUGUUGUUGUUGUUAUUAUUAGUAUUUCCUUUCAUUUCUAUACCGCUCUAUAUUUUAAAGAACAAAUCUCAAAGCGGUUGAAAACACGUUAAAACGUCAAAUGAAACAACCCAGAAUACUGUAAAACGAAUAAAGCUUCAAGGAAAAUAUUUCAGAUCCCUCUCUAGGUGACAUUUUGUUUCCCCCCUAUUUAUUUACCUACUUAAUUAAUAGAGCUGCCCCAAUGCAGAAGGAGUCUGGGAAGCCAGGGUGGUGUAGUGGUUAGAGGGUUGGACUAGGGCCUGGGAGAUCAGGGGUUCAAAUCCCCAUUCAGUCGUGAAGCUUACUGGGUGACCUUGGGCCAGAUACAGCUUCUUAACCUAUCUCAUAGGGUUGUUGUACGGAUUAACUGAGGAGGGUGUGAACCAUGUAUGGCAUCCAAAAAUCUCUACAUGGUUGCAACUGGAGCCUGAGACCAGAGACUAUCAAUCGCAUUGGUUCCAUAAUCAGAUGAGUCUUACCUUGGUUGGAAGAAGGUGAGAUGUUGCAUUUUCAAGGAAGCAGAGUUGUGUCUGAUUCUUGGUUACUUCAAGAAUCGCUCAGGAUUCGGGUUUGAAGACUGGCUGGAAACAUGUAUCUUAACAUAUAGAUAUAUAUAUACACAAAUCCUCGCUCUCUGUUGUUGACCCUCAGGACGACGACGAGACCCUGAAAUACCUCACUCACGAGGAAAAAGACGUCCUCCUCUUCUUUGAAGAAACCAUCGAUGCCUUGGAAGAUGACUUGGAGGAACAAGCUCUCCAUGACAGCGGCAUCCACUGCCACUCUCCGAGGUCAAUGGAAGAAAACAUGUCCAGCCAGUCGGAGUCUGAAGACAUCAUAGAUCUGGUCCAAUCAGUGCUGGAAAGCAGCAUUCAGGACUGUGAUCCUAGCGGAGACAUGGAACCAGGUAAAAACUGGAUGGGGCAGGGUCUGGUUUAGUGUAUUGAUAGGCAUGUGAGUCUGCUCUCAGUGAGCCAAGUGGACCUUCUCCUGGAGAGGGAGAAAGAGAGGCUUCUUCAUUCCUCCAUCUAGAGGUGACCUUCUUGUGGAGCAAAGUAAGGUCUAGGUUACCCUUGGGGCAGGGGGAUCGGUUCCAUGGUUUGGCAUAGUAGGCAGCCGUAAAUUGUGGCUGCUGACAGCAGUCUUCAUUCCAUUUUACUUUAUUUUAUUUUAUUUCUGUACCGCCCUUCAUUGGUAAAUCUCAGGGUGGUUCACAGCAUAAAAAUAUUUCAUCACUUCUUGUUUCUGGGAGGGCAUUUUUUCUCAGGCUAAUUGUAAUGGUGAUUGUGCUAAUGUGGGUUUUUUGUUUUGAGUGGGUGUGGGGAGGUGGGGCAUCUUAAUCAUUUUGUGCUCUGUUAACCACUGCAUUUUUUUAAUCUGUUGUGCUGGAAAUGUCACUGACUAUAAGACUCUGAAAAGCUGAUAUCACGAGAUCAAGUUCAUCCAUUUAAUUAAAGUAAAUAGUUUUAAUUAUGUAAGGCAGGGGACGCGGGUGGCGCUGUGGGUUAAACCACAGAGCCUAGGACUUGCCGAUCAGAAGGUCGGCGGUUCGAAUCCCCGCAACGGGGUGAGCUCCUGUUGCUCGGCUCCUGCCAACCUAGCAGUUCGAAAGCAUGUCAAAGUGCAAGUAGAUAAAUAGGUGCUACUCCGGCGGGAAGCUAAACAGCAUUUCCAUGCGCUGCUCUGGUUCGCCAGAAGCGGCUUAGUCAUGCUGGCCACAUGACCCGGAAGCAGUCUGUGGACAAACACCAGCUCCCUCGGCCUAUAAAACGAUAAGAGCUCCGCAACCCCAGAGUCGUCCAUAACUGGACCUAACGGUCAGGGGUACCUUUAUCUUUAUGUAAGGCAGAGGUUGGAUGGCCAUCUGUCAUGGAUGCUUUAGUUGAGAUUCCUGCAUUGCAAGACAUUGCACUAGAUGACCCUUGAGGUCCUUUCCAACUCUACAUUUUUAUGAGUAACUGGAUUUUGAAUAAAUGUGAAAUUAAUUGUUAUGGUUUUGAAUUUUAUUGUGUUGUUAUCUUGCUUAGAGGGCUGUGCAAGCCACUAUUCUGAAUAUAGUGGUACCUUCGUUCUCAAACUUAAUCCAUUUUAAGGCGCGCGUUCCCAUAGAAAGUAAUGCAAGAUGGAUUAAUCCGUUCCAGACUUUUAUAAAACAACCCCUAAAACAGCAAUUUAACAUGAAUUUUACUAUCUAACGAGACCAUUGAUCCAUAAAAUGAAAGCAAUAAUCAAUGCACUGUACUAUAAAAUAAAUAAGACAGUAUUGUAGAUGAUAAAAAUAAAAAUUAAAUUCUUUUCUUACCUGCAUUGAUGAUAGUCAUUGUUUGAAUGGUGGGAUUUUAUCCAUUUCCACAGUCACACAGUCAAUCAGUAGCUGAACUGGGUUCGACACAGUCACAAAAACAAAUUAACCGAAAAAGCUUCAGAAACAAAAACGCAAAAUAAAUAGCAAAAACAAAAGCACCAAACGUAAUCCGUUCCGGAAGUCCAUUUGACUUCUGAAAUGUUCAAAAACCAAGGCGCAGCUUCUGAUUUGUGCAGGCGCCCAGGAAACAAUAGCCAACAGCCACAUCGGAUGUUCGGCUUCCGAAAAACGUUCGAAAGCUGGAACACUUACUUCCGGGUUUUCAGCAUUUGAGUACCAAGGCGUUUGAGAACCAAGGUACCACUGUAACGCUUUUUAUUGGGUAGGGUAGGGGGCACUGUGGGUGAGUUUAUGGAACCAAGGGGACAGUGUCUGAAAAAGGUUUGGGAACCACUGAUCAAUAUUGCUAGCCACCCUCUAUGGAAGCUUCUGACGGGGUACAAAUUCUCUGACAAACGCUGUCACUUCCAUGGUUCCAGAUGUACCGGUCUAGGAAACGGUUCUAAUAAUCUGCUACUUUCGCCUUUCUUUUCUAGCCCCAGAGGAGGCUAGGAAACUAGAUACACUGAAGCCAAAAUAUAAUGUUGAGGACACCUGCGCUGAGGCUGCCAUCCCUCUCCCUGUGUUGCCAUCAGCUCCACCGCUGCCCAUCUAUGAGGUGUUUCCUGCCGCGCCCACAGUUCAGCACCCAAAACUCGCCCGCUGUAUCCCAACCCCGCUCGUCAUCGCUCAGAAAAUAUCCGAGAAGCAGGCAGAGGGAACCCCCUUCUCUCCCACCUCUCCAAAGGAAGGGAGGUCUAUGGAGGGGAGGACCACGCCCUCGUCUUCCCCGCUGCGCAACAGAGAGCGUUUCUCUGCCUUCAAGCAAGCUCUGCCGCCCCCAACUGCCCCCAAGCCCCAAAGGUUCCCCAGCAACAUCAGCAUCACCAACGUUGGUGAGAGGGAGUUCAGCAAAACUAUCUCCCGAGCUGCCGUCAACGUGCAAGAGCGCAAGGCCAGGGUGUUGGCCAAUGUCAACGGCUCGCCCUACUUCAUAAGCGAGCUGGAAGAGAGACUUCAGAAGCACGACUUGUCAGGACAGAGCAGAAGCUCUUCUUUGCGGGAUUUGCCGUCGGAGCAAGCGAGACACGAGGCCCUGAGUAGGCUUAGCUUGGUGGACAGAAAUCUUGGACCAGCCCCGCUGGACCAGUCCUCAGAUCUUCCCACGCCGACAGACAAAAGGCCAGAGCAGCCCUUGUCCAACGGCUACCGAAACAUCCACGACGUCUUGAGAAGGGAAACCAGCCACUUCCCCAGUGUGAGCAAAACAGUGACGGUCAAACCGGAUGCUGAUCUCCCCGAUGGCAAGCCCGCUCGGCAAAACGCCGCCAAGAGCUUUUGCGACCACCGGCUACCGGACCUCAGCCUGGAAAUGAGGAGGAGGUCUGGGUCGCUGCCCAGACCGUCUGGAUUGAGACCGCAAGGCGUAACUGUACAGUUCUCUGGACGCGGGUCUACGGAAGAGGCUAGGAGAGAGGCGCUGCGGAAACUUGGGCUUCUCAAAGACUAG